AUGGCAGAACAGAAAUAUAUUAAGGAUGGGUGGUUCUAUGAGAUGAGCGAUGAGCAUUUCCCCGGACAAGCGUUGGCUUUGAAAGUUAAGCAAGUGUUAUACCAGUCCAAGAGUGAGUUUCAAGAUAUCUUGGUGUUUGAGAGUACAAAUCAUGGAGUUUGUCUUGUGUUAGAUGGGAUUAUCCAGUGCUCGGAGAGGGAUGAAUUUGCCUACCAGGAAAUGAUAGCCCAUAUCCCAUUGUAUUGCCAUGCGAAUCCUAAGAAAGUUUUGGUCAUUGGUGGAGGUGAUGGUGGUGUUGUCAGAGAGGUAGUCAAGCAUGACAAGGUAGAGUCUGUUACAAUGGUGGAGAUUGACAAGACAGUUAUUGAGUUGGCCAAAAAAUAUUUACCUGGAAUGUCCUGUGCAAUGGACCACCCAAAGCUGAAGUUGAAUUUAUGCGAUGGGUUUAAGUUUCUUAAGGAAGCAUCUAUGUUAUCUAAUGAUGACAAAUAUGAUGUUAUCAUCACUGACAGCUCAGAUCCAGAUGGACCUGCUGAGGCAUUUUUCCAGAAGGAGUAUUUUGAAUUAUUGCAAAAUGCAUUAAAACCAGAUGGCAUUGUCAUUGCACAGGCAUCAGAGAAUGUUUGGUUAGACAUUAAUUACUUGGCUAGCCUUAGAAAAACUGCCAACGAGGUGUUUACAAAUACGAUGAUAUCGUACACUACCGUUCCAACUUAUACGUCAGGCCAGUUAGGUUUGAUUGUAUGUACUAAUUCUAAUGAUUACGAUUUGACAACUCCACAAAGACAACCUUCAGUAUCAGAGCAAAAUCAAUUAAGAUAUUAUAAUAGCCAGAUACAUUCAGCAUCAUUCGUUCUACCAAACUGGGCUGACAUGCUUAUCUAUGAUAAGAAAUGA